CUGUCUCAAAUCCGUUCGUCCUGAACGAUCGGCCCCAGUGCCUCCAGCGCUAACACCAUCGCCAAUUUCUCCACUUACAUACACAUCUGCCACGCGACCUGGAUCCCUCGACGCGCGAACAAUCAUUCUUUCGGCGAUUGUGUCGGUGCGAUAAUUCUAUUCUUAGAAUUAAGCAUCGCGCAUCCUAUUUGGUAUAGUCAACCGCAUUUGAUAUCUAACACCUAUUGAAUCUGAUUGCCCCUACCGAUUCGAUCUAAUGGCGCCGACGAAAGAGGAUCUAAAGACGCUUCUUCGCGACGGAGUUCGCGCCUUUGUUGCCGAACGCGGAUCGGAUCAAGUCACUACGAACAGUGUCCGCCAAUAUGUCGAAGAGAAGAAUGGACUCGAGAAGGGAUUUUUCCGAACGUCAGAGUGGAAAGAUUCUAGCAAAGACAUUAUCCAAGACUCUUUCAACCAACUAGGAGCCGACGAAGAGGAAUCUGCGUCGUCCCCGGUAGCUAAGGUUAAGCCAGAACCAAAGAACGGCGUCAAGCGACAAUCGAGUGACGACCUAACCCCCUCGCCAAAGCGCCAGAAGAAAACAUCGCGCGCUACCUCGUCUAAGAAAGCCAAGUCUAAGAAAGAAGAAUCCGAGUCAGAACUGAGCGACUUAGGCAGCCUAAGCGACCCCAAGGAGCCAGCGAAAGCAGCCCCGAAGAAAGCGACUACAAAGAAAGCCGCCAAGAAAGAAGACUCGGACUCUGAAUUAAGCGAUCUCGUUUCAUCCGAACAGGAAUCCAAGAAAGCUGCUCCCAAGAAAGCCGCGUCGCGUCGCAAAUCCAAGAAAGAGGAGACGGAGUCUGAGUUGAGCGAUUUAAGCGACUCGGAAGAGAAGCCUAAGAACAAGAAGAAGGUCCCGAAGAAAGCCGCACCCCGCCGCAAGUCUAAGAAUGGUGUCAAGGAUGAAGCAGAUAGUGACGUAGAGAAGGUUACGACGACGAAGCGAAAACGUCAAGCACCUAUCAAGAAGCAGAAAGCUAAGGACACCAAGGUGGAAUCUGAUAGCGAGGAUGAUUUGGCCGACGGGGAGAAAGGAACGGCGAAGGAUGAAGUGGAUGAAGACCUUGAUGGUGGUGUCAAGUCUAAGACAAGCCCGGAAACGAAGGACAAGAGUAAGACAGAGGAGUCAGACGAAGACUCAAAGCCCAAGGAGUUAGAUGGUGAAGAUAGCAAAGCGGCAAAGGCCGAUGACUCAGGUUCCGAAUUGUCGUCUCUUAUAGACGAGCCGAUCCCCAAGAAGCGCAAAUCCAAGGGAGCGAAGGGAGCUCCCAAGCCGAAGCAAACGAAAGAGCCGUCCGGAGAUGAAGCGGAAAUUAAGAAGUUGCAAGGACAACUAGUCAAGUGUGGAGUUCGCAAGAUUUGGGGGAUCGAGCUGAAGAAGUACGGCGACAACAGUCGAGCCAAGAUCAGACAUCUGAAGGAGAUGCUUCGAGACAUCGGAAUCGAGAGUCGCUUUUCUGAAGCAAAAGCAAAGGAGAUCAAGGAGAAACGAGAACUUAUGGCUGACCUAGAAGCCGUCACCGAGAUGAAUCGCAACUGGGGUACUGGGGCCGGUCGCGGUCGUGCUUCGAGAAGCCAGUCUACUAAGAAGCCAUCGAAGGAGAUUGAAGACGAAGAAGAUGAUGUCAUGGAUGACGUUGAUGACAAUGGGGACGAGGAAGAAGAGGAGGAAGUCAAGGCAAACCCGCGAGUAUCGAAAAGGAUGGCCGAUCUGGCUUUUCUUGGAAGCGACAGCGAGUCAGAUUAAGCAGUCAGGCACGGUUUGCAGGAUGAUGAAAGGUCUGUCAAUUCUAAGCUUGCUAUGAAGAUGUUGGCGAUGAUCUGGAGCAAUGUUUCGCUUUCAUACCCCCUAAUUAUUUACUGGCAUUCAUCCUUUGAGCUAUGAGACUGAAGACAGCAACCGAGCUCAUGAAUAAUACUGCAUUGUAAAACUAGUACAUGUUAGCUUAGCUAUCAGGGAAGAGUAGCAGGUGGCAUUUCUGCGACUUACGGCCCUGCGUGAUACUUCUCUUUCUUCGUCAUCUGAUCGUGCCUCGAUGAAGAGUCGACGGAGAUUUGGGAAGUUUGCCUAAUUUAAUAAGUACAUAAUGAGCUUGUUGUUCCAUGAAUUACCUCGUCACGGUGGAAAGUAGAUAUGGUCUCAACUCACCAUGUGGAAUGAAACAGGCAGU